AUGAAUAUCACGAUCGACGAUGCUUCGCCUCAAUGGCAGUACAUCUCGAAGAAUUGGACAUGGAUACAGGAUCAUACGGCUGAUGAUCAAACUUCAAAGUAUUUCAAAGGGACCUUUAUGGGUACACAUACCGAGGGCGAUUCAGCCUCAUUGAGGUUCAACGGAACAGCGAUAGUAAUCUACGGAGCGAAGAGGUUCAAUCAUGGAUACUAUUCGACUCAAUUGGACGGGGGGACAGUACAGUAUCAGAAUGGUUAUUCUUCCAAUCAGGAUAUACAGCAAAUACUUUUCCAGGCUGGUGGAUUGGAUGCGAAUAGAGAACAUGUUUUUGUAAUAGCCAAUACACCUUCUAGAAAUACUCAACCCCUAAAAGCAGGUGAUGAAUGGUGGUUAGAUAUUGAUUAUGCUGUUAUAACUACCUCAGUCCAAGAUAAAGUAUACACCACCACGUUCGACGAUGAUACCUCGGCGAUCCAGUAUAACGGUGGUGGAUGGGCGAGAGGUGAUCCGAAUAAGGAUUAUUACAAUACGACGGCACAUGUCAGUGCAAAACCCACCGAUCUUAUGAGAUUACAGUUCAACGGCUCGAGCAUACAGGUUUUCGGUGGUUUGUUCACUGAUCAUGGAAAUUACUCGAUUGUCCUUGACGAUGGUCCUGAAGAAAAGUAUAAUGGAACCUUUUUCAGAUUGCAGCCGCAAGUACCGUUAUAUACCGCGAACAAUCUCCAGGAUGGUCCACACACCCUAACCAUGAUCAAUGUUGGAGGCGGCCUCACAGGCAACUUCCUCGAUUUCGAUUAUGCGGUCGUCAACUCAACUAUCGAUCCUUCCGGUUCAUCGAGUAACGAUACCAGUACAAAUACCACUAUUUCCGAUCCAGGCAGUGGAUCAUCCUCGUCAUCCGACAGUGGGUCAAGCAACGUCGCAGCUAUAGCAGGAGGAGUAGCAGGUGGAGUGGUAGGAUUAGCCCUGGUGGUUGUCCUGGCUUGGUUCCUAUUUAGACGAAAGAACAAGAAUAGGGAGGGAUACCCGUAUGCCAUGAAGAAGAAGAAUCAAGCACCGAUGGACCUAACGGGAGACGAAGUAAAACCUUUCCAGCAUAACAAUCAGUAUCAUUAUUCUCUUGCUUCCAACUCAUCUUCCAAUGGUAAUGAAGAUAACCUUCAACGAUAUCAACAUCAUGGACCUUCACCUAAUGGAUCGUUGAUCCAAAUGCAAGAUUCUCCUUAUCCUAGAGAAACUGAUCAGAGCAAUACCCCAUUCUUGACGACCAUACCUGCCCCACCUCCAUCGAGUAAUACCUCUUACCCUCGUUCGAUGAACCCUCCAUCCUCAGUAGGACGAUCAAAUUCGUUGAACGAAGUUCAAAAUCCAUUUAGUGUAGCCGCAUCCUCUGCUACUUUUGGCCAUGGACAGGGAUAUACCGACAGUCAACCUGAACCUAUGCCUACUACCCCUACACCAAGGACUAGUAAUAAAACUCAGGGUGUACAAUUACCAUUCACGGCGUUACCUCCUAUACCAUCUUCCGACUUAUCUUCGUUGGAUAAUCUACCUUCAGCGCCCCCACCAUUGAGAGGACGGGAGCAUUCGAUAUCAUCGGUCAAUCAGAGGAUGUACGUACCUGGUAGAGAACAGGAUAUGGGACCUUUACCUAUACACAACGAUGAUGAGAGUGAUGAAAGUCAUGGUCAUGGGUUCCUACCGCCGGAUUAUAAUCAGGCGACUGAGCCUUUACCUGGACAACGACCUGGACCUAUACCAUAG